AUGUCGGACAUGAAGCUGACUCUAGCUGCCCGGGCCAACCAGGCCUCGUUGCUCCCGGUUCUUCUCGUCGCAACCUCCGUCAAUGAGGCCCGCCCAAACCCAGUGAUCUCGAUUACCUACGAGGAGACGGCCAUCCUUGAGCAGGGCGACAAGGCUGUGGUUCAGUUUACUGGCGUCAGUGGUAAACCAGCUUAUGGCACGGAGAAUGCUAUUCAGGAAUUGCGGGCCAAUUUACCGUUCCUCAAUGCGAAGGAUGAGAAAUUGGAGAAUGAAUGGCUCUCGCAGAUUGAAUCCUUCACCACUCUUGACUUUAAGGCCAUUGACCCCCAGCUUCAGCGCCUAAACACCCACCUCCUCCUGCGGUCCUUUGUGGUCGGGCACUCGCUUUCUACUGCUGACAUUGCCCUCUGGGGUGCUCUUCGUGGAAACCGGGUUGCAAUUUCCGCCAUCAGGAAGGGAGCUCUUGUCAACCUAACCCGUUGGUUCAGCUUCCUCGAGUCCCUGUGCCCCUGGGUCACCUCGGCCCUGGAGACCCUGAAUGCCUCGGCAAAGGAGAAGAAGACAUCCAAGGCCAAGGAGACAGGUGCGAACUAUGACAUUGCCCUCCUUAACACUGAGAAAGGAGUGGUGACUCGGUUUCCCCCCGAGCCCUCUGGCUACCUCCACAUCGGCCACGCGAAGGCAGCCCUACUCAACGAUUACUUUGCCCACGAGAAAUACAACGGUACUCUACUAGUUCGGUUUGACGAUACCAAUCCCUCCAACGAGAAGCUGGAGUUCUCCGAGUCUAUUCUGGAGGACCUUUCCCUGAUGGGCAUCAAGCCCGACAGGAUCAGUCAUACCAGUGACUACUUUGAGGAACUGUACCAGUACGGUAUUCAGAUCAUCAAAGACGGUAACGCUUAUGCCGAUGACACCGACAAGGAGACCAUGGCGGCCCAGAGAAUGGAUGGGGAGCCCAGCAAGCGCCGCGAUGCUUCCGUCGAGGAGAACCUUGCUCGUUUUGAGGAGAUGAAGAAAGGGACGGCUGAGGGCCAGGGAUGGUGCAUCCGUGCGAAGAUCUCCGUUGACAACCCUAACAAGGCCAUGCGGGAUCCCGUCAUCUACCGCUGCAACCCUGCGCCGCACAUCCGUACCGGCAGUCAGUGGAAGAUCUACCCGACGUAUGAUUUCUGCUGCCCUAUCAUCGACUCCGUGGAGGGAGUGACCCAUGCGCUCAGGACGAUCGAGUACCGUGACCGGAACCCUCAAUACCAGUGGUUCCUGGACACCCUCAAGCUCCGCCAUGUUCAGAUCUGGGAUUUUGCCCGCAUGAAUUUCAUCCGCACCUUGCUAUCGAAGAGGAAGCUCACCAAGCUGGUUGACCAGGGUGCAGUGUCCGGCUGGGAUUCGCCAUUGUUCCCCACCAUUCGUGGUAUCCGUCGGCGAGGAAUGACGAUCCCUGCCUUGAGAGAGUUUAUCCUCCGGCAGGGUCCCAGCAAGAACAUCGUCAACCUCGACUGGACGCUCUUCUGGGCCACCAACAAGAAGCACGUUGACCCCGUCGCCCCCCGCCACACGGCGGUCCUCAAGAAGGACAUGGUCAAGGCGAUUGUCAAGGGAGCUCCCAAUCCCGCCUAUGUCGAGGACAAACCUAAGCAUAACAAGAACCCCGCCGUUGGUACCAAAAAGGUGGCCUUCAGCGGCUCUCUUGUCUUCGACCAGGAGGACGCCAGCAGCUUCAAGGAGGACGAAGAAAUUACGCUCAUGAACUGGGGCAAUGCCAUUGUCCGCAAGAUCGUGACCGACGCAUCGGGGGUGGUCAAGGAGUUGGAACUGGAGCUCCACCUGGAGGGAGACUUCAAGAAGACGGAGAAGAAGGUCACCUGGUUGUCUACGGAGGGCCAGGAGCUGAUCCCUGUGGAGUUGGUCGACUUUGACUUCCUCCUCAAGAAGGAUACGAUCGAGGAGAACGAUGCUCUUGAGGAUGUGGUGAACUAUCAUGCCGAGACCCGCGAGGAUGCCGUGGCCGAUUGCAACGUUGCCGAACUGAAGGUGGGGGAUAUCAUCCAGUUCGAACGCAAGGGAUACUACCGCCUCGACCAGCCUUAUGCUCCCGGCAAGCCGGCUGUGCUGUUCAACAUCCCCACCGGCAAAGCGGGAAAAUAG